AUGAAGCAGCUGAUUGCACGCAUCCGGGAGUUUGACGUCGACUACGAGCCACUCAAGGACAUGUUCUUGUGGCUAGUCUUUCCAGAUCAGUGUCACGACCGUCAUGGGGAACUCGAGAGACCAGACGACCUCUCCGAGAGAUGGGCCCGCCCCAUCUGGCCCACGGUCAAAGCACAGAUUGAUCGUUUUCGGGUCAAAGUUCAACACGGCUAUCUUGUCAAUGAUGAAGGCGAGGAAGUGAUGGAUGUGACGCCAGUACCGCUUGAAGACCAUCGAAGUAGUCAAAUAUACGACCUCGUCGCGUAUCUGCAGAUCGAGAAUAAAUCCUACGACAGGAUCGAUACUACAAAUGGCACAUAUCGGCAUCCACGGUACAUGACGUGGGAAGAAUGCCAGCAAGUCAUCCCAAAGAUCCGAACCAAAGUCCAUACACUAGAUGCAAGAAUCGAGGAUAGACCUGACGAGCCUGAGGAGGUAGACUCUGCCGGGUGGAGGUCGCAUCUGUUGUGUGGUGCUAGAACAUUCUGCGGCGAGGCUCAUCGAACUGAAAUCCACAGGAUGCUCGAGCAUCUAGAGAUGCAUGUUCGGAUGGCUGGAACACCGCCCAACUACGACGCCUGCCACGACAGAGACAUUUUGAUCCUGAUCCCUAACACCAUAACAGAUUGGACUGAGCUCAAAAUGCGACCCGCAAUGCCAGCAUCUACGAUUGGCGCCAUGGUUUGCAUGUAA